UGUCCUAUAAAAUGUUCGGAAGCACCAAACGAGCUUAUUUUCAAGUCUCCUACUGGAAAAAUGGAAAAUCGAAGAGCAGUAUUAGUUCUCGUAUUCUUUUCCAUGUAUUUGGUGAAUGUGGUAAUAUCACACAAAAAGAGUUCACUACAUUUUUGCAAUAGAAAUGAAGAAUGUCCAGAACACAUACCUUGCUGUAUUAACGUGGCUCGUAAAGGCGCUGCUAUAUCAGAUUAUUGCAAAUUUCUGAUAUUUCGUGGUGAAAUGUGUGUGUCACAAAAUCAUGUGUGUUGUUCAAAUCGAGAUGUCCAGCAGAAAAUAUAUGAAAAAAGGAAACGCUCGAUAUUGCCGGAGAGUGAGAGUCAUGCAGAUUAUACCAGUUCAGAAUAUGAUUCUACUACAGAUUACACUGAUUAUACAUCUUCAACUUUAACUUUUACCCCACCUACGUUCGUCCCAUACAGUGAAGAAAGGAACUUCCUGAAGAUAGCAUCUAACUUAACUAAUCCUGGAUAUUCUAGAAAUUUUCUACACGCUCUGACAUCGAAUGAAACGGAGCAUUGACGUUCCUUUCGUUUUUUUUUACACUCUUAGCUAUAAGAUUAUUUUAGAAGGUUAAUAAAAGGUUUUUUAUGAUGAUUAAAUUGUACGAAUAAUAUCUCAGUUUUACAAAAUAAAUAUUUCAUAAGCUUAUAAUAAAGUUAAUCAGAAAUAA